AUGGCCCUGGGAAUAUUCAGAAAAAGCAAAGCGAACGACACCGUCGCAGAGAACAAAGACGUCGUAGAAGAGGACAACAAAGUGGAGAACAAGCUGACGGAAUCCACCGCAGCGGAGUCGGAGACAAAGUCCGCAGUUGCAGCAAAGAAAAAGAAAAAUGCCAAGAAAGGUAAAGCCUCGAAGAAGGACUCGUCGUCCGAAUCAUCCAGUUCUUCGGAUUCAUCCGAUGAGAGUGACGCAGAGGCUGUGAAUGGACAGGCUAAUGGACAGGCUAAUGGACAGGCUAAUGGACAGGCUAAUGGACAAGGGAAUGUAGAGGAAAAUGUAGAGAAGGAAGUCGCGAAAGCGUCCAAGUCGAGCUCCGACUCGUCAGAUUCUUCAGACUCUUCCGAUUCUUCCUCAGAUGAGGAGACGAAUGUUGCGAAGCCAGUCAAGGGUGGUAAGGCGACCAAAGCACCUGAGGUGAAGGUUGCUAAAGGGGCCAAAGAAGUGAAGGCAAAAGCGGGCAAAGAAACGAAGCUAGCCAAGGGUGGUAAGGCGGCCAAAUCCGCUGAAGAUAAGGCCGCUGAGGAGAAUGGCGUUGAGGAAAAAAAUGCGAAAGCGGCUAAGAAGGAGACAAACAAAUCGGACUCAGAUUCAGAUUCCGACUCAGACACAGACUUCGACUCAGAUUCGGAUUCCGACUCUGACUCAGACGACGACGCUGAACAACAGCAGAUGCAGCCACAGAAGCAGGAGAAGAAGCUGAACAACAAUAAGGUGGGUGUGAAUGAGCAAACAGGAGGAAAGAACAAAAGGAAAAACGAAAUGAGUAUGACGGAGAAUAACAAGGGAAAAAACAAGAAGCAGAAAUUUAACAAAAAUGGAAAGGAUAACAUGAUCAAUGGUGAUGGUGAGGAAGAAAACAACGAGAAUGAUGUGGAGGAUGAUGGUCAGGAGGAUGGUGAUUUUCCAAAGGAGUUUAUAGUAACCAUACUGAACAUAAGUAGAGAUGCAGAGGAAGAAGAUUUAAGAUCCUUCUUGAAAGAAUUAUUAGCAGAAAAUUAUGUAGAAGAGAAGCUGAUAAUUCAUAUGAAUAGACUUUUCAACAGUGCCUAUAUAUAUUGUUCAGAAAAAAGUAUAAUGGAUAUAUUUGCUUCAAAGUACAACGAAAAAUUUAAUGGUAUCCCUGUAAAAAUUCACUUGAAUCCGAAUGCUAUUAGUUCAAUUAAUCUCUCCCACAUUGGAAAGAAUACCACAGAGGAGGAUGUCAGAAGUAUUUUCGAGAAGUAUGGGAAUAUCACCAAGGUUAAUUUUUUCGCCGGAGGAACCAGAGCGCAGAUUACCUUUGAGAAUCUGGAGAGUUGCCUUAAAGCUUUGGAACAUGAUGGUCUUCUCAUAGGGGAUAAUUAUGUUCAUGUGGCCUUGAUGCUGAAUGGUAACAGCUACCAAAAUAACCAUAACAAUAACUCCUCCGAGAAUACAUAUGGCAACAGGGGCAACAGGAAUAACUACCAAGGUUUUAAUAAUGGGCAGGAUAACGAUGGAGCCAAUGGAGGAGGUAGGGGUGGCAACUUCUUUGGAAAGAAGUUUGGCAACGGUAACAAGUUCAACAGGAAUGGUGGCAACUUCAACCGAGGUGGCAACGGAUUCAACAAAGGGGGUGGCUUCCAAAAGGGAGGUAACUUCAACAAUGGAAAUAACUUCAACAAGGGAGGUAACUUCAAUAAAGGAGGCAACUUCAACAAAGGUGGUGGUUUCCAAAAGGGAAAUAACUUCAACAAUGGAAAUAACUUCAACAAUGGAAAUAACUUCAAUAAUGGAAAUAACUUCAAUAAUGACGACGGGAACGGGAAGAAGUUCAACAAGAAGCCCUUCAACAAUUUCAAGAACAAGAAGAAUCAGGAGUUCGGAGCGGGUGCGGACAACUAG